GUGUGUGUGAGUGUGAAUCGGGCAGGGGACGAGCUGGGAGCCCAAACAGGAAGGGAAAAAUCAGCACUUUUGGAGUGGCAGAGGGAAAAUCGGAGAGAGCAGGACCAGGAGCAGGCCUCCUGCGACCGGAUGCUUCUGCCGCCCAUCUAGAAACCAUGGAGCCCUCAGCAGCAGAAGCCGACGGGGCCCCCGAAGCCACCACGACUGACGUUGCCCCCCAGGAAAAGCCUCCCCUCAGCUCUCCGCUUGAUCCCGGAGCAGGGCAGACCCCGAGCUGGGAAGAAGAAGAACCUGAGCUCCUGGGACAGGGGGACCCCAGCCACGCAAAUGCCCUGCCAUCUCCAGCGGAGAAGGAGGGAGCUUCACUGCAGCCGCCACAAAAAGCUCUCUUCCUGAAGAUAACCCUGGUCCGGCGAAGGACCGGCCUGCCUGAUCCUCAGCUGCAGGAGUACCUGCAGGGAAGACUCCGUCUCCUGGAGAACGACGGCCAACAUGCCGUGGCGGUUUUUAGCGAGUUAUCGGCCAGAUUGCUGUCCAUCCACAGUGAAGACCGUCUCAUCGCCAUCACAUUUUGGACCUUGGAGGAAAUCUGGAAGUUUAUAACUUACUUUUCUCUUGGUUUUUUAAGUCCCUGCCUGGAGACCCUCUUGCUGGAUGACUCCUUGUGGCUCUCCUCGCCAGAAGAAGCUGCUGGAAUUGAGGUCCUCUUGGACGAGAACUGCCUCCACCGGGUCUACGGAGGACUCUUGAUGCAAGAAGGUGCCUAUUUGGGGUUUUCUCCCGAGAACGUUGACGCGAGGAAUCCCAGAGCCAUUUGCCAGGUGGAAUCGGCAGCUCCAGAGCAAGUCCCGGACGGCCACCCCCCCGAUGGCUUGGAGCCCCCGGUGCCUUUCCAUCAGUGGUUUCUGAAAGCAAAUGCCACGUCUGAUGGGCUGGCCGGCAUAACUGCGCUUCCAGUCACAGACCAAGCGGCCACAGGAUUAUCUGUCGCCGUCGUCAGCCACGAGAGCUCUGUGCCAGACGAGAUCAGCUUCCAAAAAGGAGAUGAGAUUGAGAUCAUUGGCUACUUCGUGAGCUGCAUGCCGUGGUUUGUGGGAAGGCGUCUCUCUUCGGGCCGGGUUGGCUUUGUGCAGAGCCGCUGUGUGGAGCCCGAGGGCUUCCUGGCCAUUGCCACAGAACUUCCGUGCACGGAUUUCUUCAGGGAAGACGGCGACUCUUCCACGAAAGAAGAAUCCCUCUUGGAUGAUCUGGCCAGGCUCCUGGCGCCCACUUCCCAGGGGAACAUUUGCAGCGCCUAUCAAAUCGAUGCACAGAAUGACGUGGGCCCCCAGAAACCUCGGGAGGAAGAAAUGCCCCCUUCCUUCUUCAAUGAAAAGGAGAGCCCAACGCCAUGCAGAGCGCUGAGGUCACUCAUGAAGAUGAAGGACUGCCAACUGACUGAAGAUGAGAAGCAGCAGCUGCCCACUUGCCAUGGGCCGGAGCCCCCCCUUUUGCAGAAGCCACGUUUCUCCCUGUGCCAGGAUGGGACUUUGGGGCCAGAAAUCCCUGAUUCGUUACUGUCGUUUUUGAACCAGGGGGGCUAUGUGGAGGGCUUGGGGGGCCUGUACGACCCUCCUUUGUCCUUUCUCAAGACGUCCAUCCAGGGCGAUGCCACGGAGGAAGAGCUGAUGGAUUCCUUGGCUCGCGCUCGGGCAGUGGCCAGACAAGCCGACCUGCCCUGGGCCACAACACGGCUCUGCUACCUGCUGGGAAGGAUGAGUCUCCGGAAGUCCAAGCUGUCCCAGGCCCGGGUGUAUUUGGAAGAAGCCCUGGCAACCCUCCGGGGGGAUUUCCGCGACCUCCACUUGGUAGUCACUCUUUACACCCACCUCACAGGCAUUUACCUGAAGCAGAAGAACGCGGAGAAAAGCGCUUCCUUCCUCGACAAAGCCGCCUCUUUGCUGAUGGGCGUGGCCAGCCACACGGACAGUGCAGAGAUGGCCCUGGAGAUCUUGAACUAUGCCUUGAAAAGAGCCGUGCUCAGCCGGAGCAGAAACGCCGAGGCCAGGGCCUGCUUCCUGCUGGCAAAGCACUGCCUGACCUUCAAGCAGGGGCAGGAACCGGCCCCCUUCAUGGAAAGGCUGCAGCAGCUGCUGAAUACGGGCCAGGGGUUGCCAAGUGGCGGGGGGUCCGUGGACUGUUACCUGAAACUUGGCCAACUCUACAGCCAGAAGUGCCUGCCCCGCCUUGCGCUCAGCUGCGCCAAGGUGGUCUCUUCCCGCAGCUCCUGUUCUCUGCUGGAGCUGUUCAGGACCCUCGAUUUGGUGUUAAGGAAUGCCUCUAAAGUCCACAGUCCCACGCCUGGUGGACAAACACACCCCUCCCUCAUGGCCUUUUACCUCCGAGAACUGCUUCACGCGCUGGAAGGGAGCAGGGGCAGCCAGAAGCUGCGUGGCAUCAUUUACUGCGAACUUUCUCAGCUGCACAGCCGUUACAAGCGGUAUGAAGAAGCCAUCGGCUACAUGGAGGCGGCUCUAGAGCUGAACACGACUGGAGAAGUGGAGGAAGACACCAUUAACCACUUCAUUUUCCUCAGCUGGCUCUACAUCCUCCAUCGGCAGAGUGACACGGCGCUGUGCAUUUUAAACGCGGUCGCAGAGUCCCCCUGGAGCACCCGCCAGCAGUUGGGCGUCAUCCAUAACAUGGCAGCCAUUAGUCUGAGACGGAGGAAUCAGCUCAGGGAAGCCGCGGAGAGCUACUUCAGAGCUCUGAGCAUUUCCAGAGAGACGGGCAGCGUGGCUAACGAGGCCGUGGCUCUGGCCAAUCUGGGCCUCCUGUACCUGCACUUGGCUGCCCAAAGCCUGGGGGAGCAUUUCUUGAUCAAAGCCAUCCAGCUCUUCUCCGAACUCUCCAGCGGAGAAUGUGGGGGGAACUUCGUGGCCAUCCUCCUCCGGCUGGGGCACCACUACGCCCGCGGGGCCCAGAAGGAGAAGGGGAGGAAUUGCUACGAGUGGGCCUUUCUGGUGGCCAUGGAAUGCGAGGAUGUGGAAGGGCAACUCCAGGCGGUCCAGCACCUCUGCCAUUUCCACAGCACGGUUGUCCCAGAUCCAGCGCAGUGUGUCCUCUACAACGAAUAUCAGCUCACCCUGCUUAGGAAGAUGUCCGACAAGGUCACGGAAGGGCAGGUGCUGGAGACCAUCAGCCAGCUCUACCUGUCUCUGGGGACGGAAAGGGCCUGCCGGUCUGCUCUGGACUACCUGAAAAGAAGCCUUGGCAUCUUCAUUGACCUUCAAGCCAAAAAUAAGGAAGCCCAGGCCUGGCUCCAGGCAGGCAGGAUCUACUACGCACUGCGGGAGAACGAAUUAGUUGACGUUUACAUCCAGGUUGCUCACAACGCUGCUUUGAGCUCUCGGGACCCCAAUUUAGAAAUGGAAAUGCUCGAAGCCUCGGGAGACAUUUUCUUCAACGGAGACUGGGAGAAGGAAAAAGCAGCGCCCUUCUACAGGGACAAGGCCCUGCCGCUCGCUGUGAAGGCCAAAAACAGCAGUGCUGAACUUCGCCUCUUCAACAAGUUGGUUGGGCUGUUCUUGACCUUACGGAAGUAUGAGGAAUGCCUCGGAUACGCCCAGGCGUCACUAAUGCUCAGUGUUGAUUUAGGAGACCAGCUAAGUGAGCGAGUGGCCUACCACCGCCUGGCGGUCAUCCACCAUCACUUGGGGCAGUGUGAGCUGGCUGAGCACUUCUUCCUCAAAGCUGUUUCCCUCUGCCCCUCCCCGCUGGAGUUUGAUGAGGAAGCCCUCUAUUACGUCAAAGUGUACCUUCUCCUGGGAGACAUCACCUUCUACGACCUGAAGGCUCAGGAGAGAAGCCCUGUUUGUUAUCGCUCUCAUGACAACCCAAACAGAAGUGAACUGCGGAGAUUCGACCGAGGAAGAAACCACGGGAGAAAAGGAAGGAAAUGUGGGGCAGCCCUGAGGGUCUGGGGUGGCUGGAGUGACGCCCUGUCAGGCAGAUGAGGGGCAAGGCUAGGGGAGCCACGGGGAGGGUCAGAGCAUGGAAUGAAGCAGCUGGGGGAGGGGGCACAGAAACCGCCCGUCGCCUGCCCCCUUCCCGGCGCAGGGAGGCAGGGAGAGCAGGGGGGCCACAAAAGACACUCUGGCUUUUCUUGGCCCAGAAGGAGCUUUGCCACCAUUGCUAAAUCUCAAUGGCAGAUGUGUAAGUUUCUCUGCCUGGAAGGAUGUAUCUUUUGGUUCAAGCAAAACAUGGGAAGGUGGAGGCUGUGGGGUAGGUCGUUGCUGCGUUACUUUUGUAGGUGUCAACCUUGGCAAGGACGUCCCUAAAGAAUCAGAAAGCCUUUUCUGCCACGAUGGUGUCUUCUACUUGCUUUGGGUGAGCAGAGCCACUAGCAGGAAUAGCAAAGAAUGAGGCAGAACAGAGUUACUGUCGAUUGGUUGGAGAGAGCCGUCUCCCCUCCAUGAGGCAAUCUGCACUGGGAUUGGUUGCUGUGGGUGUGGAGGGGGAGUUUCCCUUUUUCCCGCCUUUUUUCUUCUGAGUGCCCUGUGUGCUCUGGGAUUUACCUCACGAUGCUCCUCUUUGCCAGACUACCUUGUUGGCUCUAUAUAUAUAGAGAGAGAGAGAUGUAAAAAAGAUUUAUUUAUAUAAAACUACAAGUUCAUGUCGGCAUCUCUGACUUCGACAGCUGCUGUGCAAUUCCUUGACACCCUUGUUGCUUUUCUAGACUUGCCGACUGGCCUAUUUCCAUUAUUUUUUUAAAAAAGUAAUCGCAGACCCCCUAUCGCUUAAUG